AUGGCAUUACCCACAUCCGAACCCUCAGCUCCGGCCCGUGUAACGAGCUACAACGGCUUAGAGAAACUUCCACCGGAAAUACGACGCCAAAUACUAUCUAUUCUGGACUUGCAUAACUUAAGCUCAUUGGUGCAUGCAUCUGCUGUUUUCCACGAGCAGUAUCUUGAGGACCGACGGUAUCUACUCUGUUCAUCGCUAGAAACGACACUAGGCACCGUUACCCCCGACGCUUGUGCUGCUUUUCAAUCUGGAUCUCCUCACUUCUCAUACACACGCGAAGAUGUGAUAAAUUUAUUAGGGUCCUUUCGGGUUAACCGUCAACCUCUUCACCAGAGGCUUAGAGAACACGAAGCAGUGGAAAUGGCCGCUUUCCAUUUAUCUAUAAUAUCACCUCUCCUCCAACACUACGUUGGUUGGGCCCUGGGUAACCUGGCCAUCGAGACGGGAAAUAUGACUAGAAGUAUAAGCCUCAGCCGGGUUGAGGAAACGCGGCUGCUGCGUUCCUUCUACCGUUUCCAACUUUGCUGUAAUCUAUUCGGAAAAGGCGGCCAGAGGCCAUGUACAAAACAAACCUUAGGAUUCCGCCCCGUCGAGAUUCUUCAGUUAUUUUUCUGCUUAUUUGAGCCGUGGGAAGUUGAGGAAAUAUCCUGCAUUAAUACUUUCGCUCAGGAUAAGUAUGACCAUAUAUUUAGAGAGAUUUCCUGGGACGUAAAUGAGAGAAACCCAAAAUUCGACGGCCAACGCCCGCCUACACCCGAAGGGGCUUUUGAUUUUGACAAUAGUUGGGCUAGGGAGCGGCUACUGACCGGAACUGUGUCUCGUGGCCUUGAAUUGCUACACAAAGUAACUUUCAAAAUCGAGAAUCACUCCCAACUGGUCCAGACGAUGCAAGAGUAUAUCACUUGGCCCUUAGGAAAUUUCAUCGCAAAAGAAGCUCUGGGAGAGACGGCGCAGUGGGAGCGGCGCCAGGAUGCCCUCUCUGAAAGAGAUGAGAAGCAGAACCGACGCGAUCCGCUACCAUUCAAUGGAGAUUCAGAGUCAUGUCCGCCGCUGGCUUGGACAUUGAUAUGGGGCGGCACCUAUAGCAACUUAUAUGGGUACUACAUACAGGAUACUAUUCGUCGAUUCGGUUACGUUUUCUUCGACGCCACGACGAUAGAGUCGUUAGGCGCUAAAGAUAUCUUACUUCGAGAGUGGAAGAAAGAUUGGGGUGAUAGCGAUCCACGAAAUGAUAUUUAA